AACGAUAAUCAAAAGAAAUUAAAUUAGAUAUCGACAUUACUUUAUUCUUUACUUUGAGUAGGUAGUAAGUAAGUAGAUAAAGAUAAAUCUACAUUGUGGCAAUUAUAUAAUUUUAAAUUGUAACACGAGCAAUUAUUAAAAGAUUAGAAAGACCUGCCUAUUUUAGGUAUUAAUACGUCUAGAAAUAUAAACCUUUAGAUUAGGCUUGCCUGCAUGUCUUUAUGAUUAGCGUAUGCUUGCAAAUGUAGGUACUUAACAAGAUUCGGAAACUCAUUGCGUUGGAUCUGAUAUCGGAUGUAGGAAGGAUGUAAAAGGCAAAAAUCAAAGAUGGCGCUUAAAAUCGAAGGGAUAUCGGUCCUACGUUCAAUAUUGGAUCAUUUAAUGUGAAAACGCUCUUAAGUGAGUGUUCAGAUAUUUUGGACCACCUUAGCCGCUCUGAUGUAUCUGAUGGCGACUAUUGUACCGGACCAGACUCCGAACUACAUAUUUCUACAAAAUAUUCAGUAUGUAGAGUGAAAGAUAUCUAGUAUUUUCUAGUUUUAUAGUGAGUAGCUGUUUGAGUUAGUAACGCUAUCUCGAGUAGAGCCGAUCUCUUGUCACACAUAUAAACGCAGAUUAGAUACCUGUUCAUUCUGAUAACUGUAAGCAUUUUGAGUUUUUUGAGGGUUCCGUCAUUUAUGAAUAGGUACGCACUUACAACAGUUACAACUCCUACUAUAGGGAUGCAUGAAGAAUACAUAAAAAGAAUGGCAUUCUGUUUAGUCCGUCAGUUAGAUCGUCCAAAAAUACUGAACACAUAUUUUUCGCUUUUUCUAAUUAAUGAAAAAUACAAAGAUAUAGAGCACCAAAGUACCGGAGUGGGGGCUUGAGACGUCACUUCUAAGUAAAAAUUGAAAGUACCUAGGCGUGAAGUCACGCUAAACUUCAACGCACUGUACCGUCGUCAUUUUUCGCUUACGAGAAAAAAGAAAAAAUACGUGUCUAAAAUUCUUUGAUAAUGUAACUGACGGACUAAUUAGUUUUUUUAGCCGUCUCGCCUAUUAUUGCGGGUGUCCAUGGGCAGCCGUAAUCGUUUUCCACCUGGCGUAUCAUUAUAGAAAAGGAGAGAAAACUCUGUGUAUUGAAUUUCCGAAGACCGUUUGGAGUUUCGUCUUGGGUAGGUAUCCUUGGAGGGUCGAAAGCAAAAAAAUCUUAGCGAACUCACCAUCGACUGAACAGAAAGGACUUCAUUGGUCUUAAGAGCAUGGCGGUCUAUGGUGUUAGGAGCCAAGAGCAUGGGUUUGGGAACAUCGAAUCAUUAGUAAGUACCUAAUUGUUUUCUUCCGGUUGCAUCCUGUGUUUCCGUUAAUACGUAAUCUUCACACAAAACAAAUGGUAAGUACCUAAUGUCAAAAGAUAUUUCGAGACUUGUAGUUGCUUGUAAGAGUUGUAAGGUUUCCAGUUUUGAGAAUGAUCUAUACUUUGGUAGAACUGUCUCAUUUCAAAACAUAAGGCUUAUUAAUUUAUAUACCUAUCGUCUUUUUAGCCACUCAAUACCCUUGUAAAAUAAAGUUUACGAGAAUCUACGGAUUUUUCCGAUUUUCUCAGAGGAUAAUUAAAUAUGCGUUUGUGCUCUUCCGUAAAUUUUUAUCUACACCACUAAUUAAUAACCAUCAUACAAUUUUCCGCCGAUCAAGGUUUUGUUAGCGUUAUGUUACCUGCUCUAUUUUUUCAUAUAAGUAAUUCAUAUUUAAUUCAAUUAAAUGGGCAACAAAUGUUCAAGAAACAGCAAACACUUUACAAUAUAUAUUUAAGUUUUUUUUUUACUGUUUUCUUCUUACAGGGACUUUUGUUUAGCGCCAUCUACUUCAGGAAAUUUCCAGAAUUCGUCUGCGGAUCUCCACACAUUUAAUACCAGCUGUUAAUCUCAUUCAACGACAAUACAACUCGGAGCGUUCGAGAGCGCACAACGUUGGACGCCAUUGAUGGAUAUUCAAAUUGUGUAACAAAAUGGUGACUUUAGAAGCAGUGACAGAGCCAGUAUGGCUGGGGGAAGGCCCGCACUGGGACCACAGGGAGCAGGUGUUGUUCUUCGUGAGCAUCUUCGACAAAUCCAUCCACAGAUACGACCCAGCCACCGGCAAGCACACCAGAGCUGUUCUCAGUGACAUGCCCGGCUUCGUGAUCCCCGUAGAAGGCAAACCCAAUCACUUCGUAGUAGGUCUGAAGCGUUGCAUCGUCGAAGUGGAGUGGGACGGCAAAGAUGGCGGCGCCAAGGAGUUAAGGACUGUUGCUGAGGUGGAUCAGGACAAUCCUAACAACAGGUUUAAUGAUGCUAAGGCUGAUCCUCGAGGAAGGCUAUUCGCUGGAACGAUGGGCCACGAAUACGAGCCCGGCAAGUUCCACCUAAAGAAAGGCAACCUCUACCGCAUGGACCCCGACGGCAGCGUCAAGAAGGUGAUAGAAGGAGUGGACAUCUCCAACGGACUGUGCUGGAAUGUGAACGAGAAGGCGUUCUACUAUGCUGACUCCUUCGAGUAUGAUGUGCGGCGGUACGAUUACGAUGUGGAGACGGGGGAGAUUUCAAACCCCCGCUUCGUGUUCAACUACGCGAAAAACGGACUAGAGGGUAUCGUGGACGGUAUGACCAUAGACACUGACGGCAACCUCUGGAUCGCUAACUUCGAUGGUCACCAGGUACUAAAAGUCGACCCUCGCGAAGGCAAGCUCCUCCAGAAGAUCCGAAUCCCCGCUCUCCAGGUGACCUCCUGCACAUUCGGAGGCCCUACCUUCGAGGACCUGUAUGUGACCUCAGCUUGUAUGAACCGCGGGACCGAACAACCCCCGCCUUGCGGGUCUACGUUUAGGUUAAGACAAUUGGGAGUUCGCGGGGUGGAGAAUGCGAAUGUUAAGCUCAAUUAAAGUGAAUAACAGGUUUUUAUUUAUUGAUAAAAUCUUAAGAUCGACGACCUGUGACGUCAGCGGGAAUGAUCGAACAACCCCCGCAUUGCGGGCCUUCAGUCCGAUUCAGAUGAGGAUGCUUGUAAUCGGUUAAUGUUAAGCUCAAUUAAAGUAUUAAUUUGUUGUUUAUAUACCAAUUGGCUUUUAAUUGUGUAUACUUUAACUGUGCUCCUAGUUCCUUAGAAUUACCUCCUGACAUUAUUGGGUGUUAUUAGGUCAUUAGGGCUGGUUCUUUGUAAAAUAAAAAUAGGUA